AUGGAAGAACUACCUAUUGAUUUACCUCCUGGUUUCAGAUUCCACCCUAAUGAUGAUGAAAUCAUUACUUCUUAUUUGAUUAACAAAGUUUUGAAUACAGACUUUAGUGCAAUUGCAAUUGGUGAAGUUGAUUUGAAUAAGUGUGAGCCAUGGGAUUUACCUAAGAAAGCAAAGAUGGGAGAGAAAGAUUGGUAUUUCUUUAGUGAAAGAGAUAGGAAGUAUCCAACAGGAAGAAGAACAAAUAGAGCAACUGAAUUAGGUUAUUGGAAAGCUACUGGAAAAGAUAAAGAAAUCUAUAAAGGGAAAAGUAAACAACUUGUUGGAAUGAAGAAAACUCUUGUGUUCUAUAAAGGUAGAGCUCCAAAGGGAGUGAAAACUAAUUGGGUUAUGCAUGAGUUUAGAUUGGAUGGAAAAUUAGCAACUUGUAACCUUCCUAAGGAUGCUAAGGAUGAAUGGGUGGUGUCAAGAAUCUUCAACAAGAACAACAAUGAAAUCAAAAAAACAUCAUCAAUUUCCAAUCUUUUAAGGAUAAACUCAAUAAGUGAUGAUUUGGAUUUUUCUUCACUUCCAUCUCUAAUGGAUGAUACUCCUUUUGAAAUCAACAACACCAUUGAUCAUCAUCAUCAUGAUGAAAAUUUCAAAGGAACCAAUUCAUCAUCAAAUGGUUACUAUUUUCCAAGCUACUUAAUCAACAAUGAAAUAAAUCUGACAAACCAAGAGAAUUUGAAUAUUCCAAAAACACCCUUCAAACACAACAUGUUAUCAAAUGAUUCUUAUAUGAAUCAUCAAUGGAACAAAGAGUGCAAGAUGGAACAACAAUUCUCUACCAACAAUUCUUUGUUAAGUGUUUCACAAGACACAUGUUUGAGUAAUGAAAUGAAUAAUGACAUAUCUUCUGUGGUCUCAAAGCAAGAAAUUAUGGGAAGGAAUGCAACUUUGUAUGAAGAUUUUGAAUAUUUGAUGAAUGGCUAUUGA